AUGGCGGAUGGGCGGCCUCGAAUCACCGUCACGUCGGCGAGGACAGCGACGGCGUCGUUGGCCGAGCGCAGGGGCGAGGGCGUCGACCGACGGGCGGCGCAUCAGGAACCCCUCGCUGGCGAGCGGCUGGCGCGGGAGGUCACGGACCGAAGGGUCGAACGACGGGUCGAGCUCCCCCCUCCGCCGGUCGAGGCCACGGUCGAGACCGUGAGCGCGGCCGAGGUCCUCGCGGGCGUGGCGGAGUCCGGCCCGAACUACGUGCUGCCGCAGCCCGCGGAGCCAAAGACGGCGCGUCGGAAGCGGCUGCGCGUGGACGCGGCGGCGAGGAUCGCCGGGCACGCCGUCGUCGAGGCAGGCACUCACGUCGAGAUCCUGGGCGAGCACAGGUGGUGGCCAGGCACCAUCACGGGGCGGGAGGAGGGUUCCGACGGCCGGCUCGUGCACGCGGUCGCGUACGACGGCUACCCCGACCAGGAUUUCUGGCUCAACUUAGAGGAAGAGACGUGGAGGCGGGUGACGCUCGGCGCCGGCGACGCGGCCCCCACCAGCGGCGAGGACAGCGACGGCGAGGGCAGCGACGACGCUGCGGACGCGCUGCCGGCCAGCGCGACCGACAUCGGCAGCGCGGUCGCCACCGGCGGCGAGGGGAGCGGCGUCGAGGGGGGCGGCGGCGAGGCUGGGGACGCGCCGCUGACCUGCGAGCCCGCUCCGACACAGCCAAGGGAGCGGCACAGCGCGAGGGCUGGCGACGAGAGCCCGGCGGCAGCCAGGAUGGCCAGCGGCGACGCCGGCGCCACAUACGCCGCACUCGGCGGGUAUGCUGGCCGGGAGGAGGCGGCCGGCGAGGCGAGCUCCUUCAGGAGGACCUACUCGCUUAGUGUGGGUAAACCAUAA